UUCAUGGCCACAGCAGGCUACUAAACAGGAUUAGAGGAAACCGACAUUAAGACAUAUAAUUUCCUUGCAGCUGGCUGGAACAGCAGUUGUCACUGCCCUCCUGGUGCAGCAUGGCAUUUGGACUCGGUGUUCUCUGCCUGUUACUAUGGGCAAUAACAGGUUCCAGUUGUGAGCAGUGCAGAGAAGGAGCCACAUACCCAGGUGCAGUAAUAUCUCCCAACUUAGAAACCACUAAAAUUAUGCGAGUUCCUCAUGCUAUGUCAGUGUCCGACUGCAUCGCAGCAUGUUGUGACCUCUCUGGUUGUGACUUGUCCUGGAUGUUUGAACGACGCUGUUACAUCGUGAACUGCCAACACAAAGAGAAUUGUGAACCUAAAAAAAUUGAAACUGUGAAGUCCUAUCUUACUUUUGUGUUGAGGCCUUCUCAGAGGCCAGCCUCGCUACUGGGAUUUGGGCAAGUGAUCCCAAGCAUGGUCCACUCUGUGGGACUCCAGAAUGAACCGUCUGAGGAAGUGAGUAGCCUGAAGGAGCUGUCUCUGCUUGGCAAAGAUCCCAGCCUUGAGGAGAUACCAGAAUACAUUGAUGAUUAUAAAGAGUUGGAGCAGGAUCCCUUUCAGGUGAGCAUCAAACAUGAGCAGAAGGAGAGCACAGAUUAUGCUGACUGGGGCCUGAUGGUGGCAGGUGAAAACAGCUUCAACUCUUCUGUGGGUGAUGAUGGAGAUAACCAAGAAGACUUUUCUGAAAAGAAAGGGGAGUUUGGGAAGGUAGAAAGUCUUCUGAAUAAAAACAGCUCUGAACUGAACUCUGUCACUGAACACUCCACAGAGAGGUUGUCAUCUCUCCUGGAAAUGACACCGUUCCCUGAGAAGACAUCUGAAAGUGAAGCAGCUGUUCAACUUCUUGCACAACCUGAUGACGCUUUGCAAAAAGAGGCUGCUACACCUUCCCCUUCUUCAGACAAACUUGAUUUCUCCCAAGGUGUGUCUGAGAAAACCCAGACUCCCACAGUGGCCCCAGAGAAUGUCACUGAAAGUGGGGUCAUGCUACUUCCCACUAAUGCUGUGCCAUCUGAGCCCAUGCAGCAGUUCACACCACCUGCUACUGCUGCUGAAGCAGAUACAGUAAAAGAACUUAUUGUGUCUGCUGGAGAUAACAUACAAGUGAUGCUACCCAAAAAUGAGGUUGAACUGAAUGCUUUUGUUGUCCCACCCCCGCCUACAGAAACAGCCUACACCUAUGAGUGGAGCUUAAUCAGCCACCCUGAUGACUAUGGUGGUGAAAUGGAGCGCAGGCACAGCCAGACCUUGAAGCUCUCUCAUUUAUCAGUGGGACUUUAUGCCUUCAAAGUGAUGGUUUCUGGUGAAAAUGCCUUUGGUGAAGGUUUUGUAAAUGUCACAGUCAAACCAGCAAUCAGAGUUAACCAGCCGCCUGUUGCUGUUGCUUCACCCAAAGUACAAGAAGUUUCUUUGCCUACAACUUCUACCUUCAUUGAUGGCAGUCAAAGUAUGGAUGAUGUAAAGAUAGUAAGUUACCACUGGGAGGAAAUUAAAGGUCCUUUGCGGGAGCAGAAGGCAUCUGCUGACACACCUGUCUUGCACUUGGCUAACCUUGUUCCUGGAAACUACACUUUCAGGCUCACCGUGAUUGAUUCAGAUGGGGCUGCCAAUUCCACCAUUGCAUCUCUGACUGUCAACAAACCAGUGGAUUACCCACCUAUUGCCAAUGCAGGACCUAAUCAGGCAGUCACCUUGCCCCAGAACUUCAUCACACUGAAUGGAAACCAGAGCAGCGAUGACCAUGAAAUAGUCAGCUAUGAGUGGUCGCUCAGUCCCAAAAGCAAAGGCAAGGUUGUAGCAAUGCAGGGAGUGCGGACACCGUACCUCCAGUUAUCUGCAAUGCAGGAAGGAGAUUAUACAUUUCAGCUGACUGUCACAGACUCUGCGAGGCAGCGGUCCACAGCUGAGGUCACACUCAUUGUACAGCCUGAAAAUAACAGCCCUCCAGUAGCAGUGGCUGGUCCUGACAAGGAAUUGACCUUCCCCGUAGAAAGUACUACACUAGAUGGAAGCAAAAGCCAAGAUGACCAAGGCAUUGUCUUCUAUCAUUGGGAAAAUAUCAGUGGACCAAGCUCUGUACAGAUGGAAAAUGGUGACAAAGCAAUAGCAACUGUGACUGGUCUUCAGGUUGGUACCUAUCGCUUCAGGCUGACCGUGAAAGACCAACAGGGCUUAAGCAGUGCGUCUGUGCUGUCUAUUACUGUGAAGGAAGAAAACAACAGUCCACCCCGAGCACAUGCUGGUGGGAAGCAUGUUCUAGUGCUUCCAAAUAACUCUAUUACCUUGGAUGGCUCAAGGUCUGCUGAUGACCAGGGGAUUGUGUCGUAUUUGUGGAUUCGGGAUGGUCAAAGCCCAGCAGCUGGGGAUGUGAUCCACGGCUCAGACCAUGAGGCAGUACUGCAGCUAACUAAUCUGGUGGAAGGAACCUAUACUUUUCACUUGAAAGUGACGGAUGCUAAAGGAGACUCAGAUAUUGAUUCAGCAACUGUUGAAGUGCGGCCUGAUCCCAAAAGGAGUGGUCUGGUGGAGCUGAUUUUGCAAGUUGGAGUGGGACAGCUGAGUGAACAGCAGAAGGACACCCUGGUGAGACAGCUGGCUGUACUGCUGAAUGUUUUGGAUACAGAUAUCAAAGUUCAGAAGAUACAAGCCUACUCAGAUAUCAGCACUGCGGUUGUGUUCUAUGUGCAGAAUGGGCAUCCUUCCAAGGUGAUUAAGGCAUCAGAUGUCUCACGAACUCUGCAUGUGCAGCUUUUGAAAGAGAAGGCUGACUUUCUGCUUUUUAAAGUCCUGCGGGUUGACACAGCUGCCUGUCUUUUAAAAUGUUCUGGACAUGGACACUGUGACCCUAUAACGAAGCGCUGCAUUUGCUACCAGCUCUGGAUGGAAAACUUGAUUCACAGUUACCUAAAUGAUGGAGAGAGUAAUUGUGAGUGGAGUAUACUCUAUGUGACAGUAUCUGUUUUUAUUUUCAUUGUGGUCAUAGUAGGACUUGCCUGGUUCUGUAUCUGCUGCUGCAAAAGCAGAAAGAGGACAAAGAUAAGAAAGAAAACAAAAUAUACCAUCCUAGAUAACAUAGACGAGCAGGAGAGAAUGGAACUACGACCCAAAUAUGGUAUAAAACACAGAAGUACGGAACACAACUCCAGUCUGAUGGUCUCUGAGUCAGAGUUUGACAGUGAUCAGGACACUAUCUUCAGCAGAGAAAAGAUUGAAAGAGAGAAUCCUAAAACCCUCAUGAAUGGAUCCAUGAGAAAUGGAGUUUCCUUCAACUACAGCUCCAAAGACAGAUAACCGAAUGAGGGUGAAAGCACCGAACAUGCUGGUCUAACAUGUCUGAAACAUGUUGUCCCACCUCUGUUUUUUCCAAACUGAAAGCAUCCUAAAAUAUCAGCGAAUUUCAGAUGAAAGGGUAAAUUUCUAGUACAGUUAGGGGAAGGAAGGGGGAAGGAUUAGAUGGUCAACUAACUCCUCUUGUCACCAUUAUAGGAACAAAGAAAAGCACAUUUUAUUUCUCGCAUGUUCCAUGCUGAAUAUCUGAACUUCAGAAGGCCUUUUUACCUGUAUCACUGCUACAAAACUAGCCAGGGCUGUUACGCUACUAACAAUCGUAACUGAGAUGCAUAUGGAUUUGUGUCCUGUGUUGCUGUUUUUCUUGGAGAAGCAGUGUGAUUAUGAUGCUGAUCUAAACCAGUGAAAGCCAACAUAGAUAAAAUCCCUUACAGCUGUAAAGAGCAAUAUGUGACCACAGGCUUCAUUUUCAGUUUAGAUUGGGAACACAGAGAGAGAGCAUUUUUAGUGCAUUGUAUUUAUCUCUGACUGUGCUUUGUGACUUCCUUUUCUAUGGUAGUGCUCAUCAUCAGAUGGAAGUGUCUUUGUUGUCAAAGGAAGUUUGCAAUUAGCAGUUGCACUUAAUCAGCUGUAGUAUGAUACAUCUGUGUCCUGUAGGAUGCAAUGUUCCCUGUAUUUACAUAGAAAGUACUGUGCCUGCAGGGAUGUCCCGCCUUAGGUUGCUUCUGUAGUGGAGCUCUCUGGAGUCUGCCAUGUCCAGCCAGGGAACAGUAGCAGAAAGGCAGGAAGGACUCACUGCGAUGCGCCUUCAGAAGCAUGUUGAGCAUCCCAAACAACUUUUUGCUUAGAGAGCGCUUUUAAGGAGCUCUGGUGCUUUUAAGACUGAACCCUCAGCUGAGAUGAGUUUUCACCUGUCAACCCCAGUGCUCAGUUAAAGAAUGUGCCAGGCACUUGUAGUGAAAUGCUUGUGGCAAAAUACCUUAUGUGGAGCAGGAGGUUCAACACCUACUUUCAUUGUCAUGGGGAUUGGUACUCAGGAAGGUUUUAGCUUAAACAUUAUAUUGUUUUACUUUUUUCCUCUGUGGCUAUUCAGUGACUAGAGGUGUUGGCCCAAAGAGAUCCCUGUAGGUGUUUGGGAAGAGUACAUGUGUUGGGAGUUCUGAUGUUCUUGUUCAAAAUCUGAAUAACUUCUUUACAGUGUGCUUGUUAAAGCUGUGGACCCAAUACUGGUUUUGAAAUCCCAAACUGAAGACCUGGCUCUUAUACAUAGGCCUUGAUUGUGGGGGCAUCUGUGUUAGUAGUAGUGUCUGGCCAUGACAUCGUCCUUUCCUGGGGUCCUUUACUGAUAUGCUGGGAGUCUUGGGCUGAGCUGGAGGAAAGGUGUAUUUGGCUGGAGAAAACGUUCCUCUGGGAGUAUUUUGUACAGGUGGCUUUUUUUAAAAAAAAAAAAAAUCUGUUGAUGGGGAAUCCAUUAACAGAGAAGGGCGAAGCAGUAUAGAGAUCAAGGGCAGCAGAUGACAAGGGUCAGGGAGGGGACAUAGCCCACCUCAUAACAGAGUCUCAAAAUAGACAAGGCAGGUACUCAAAAUUAGAUUUAUUCUAAUCAAAAUUGUUUAGCACUGAUAAGUGUUAGUAAAAUACAGGUACAGAUGUCUGUCAAAUGGAACUAAUACUGCAUAGCUGACAAGCUUAAGUUUUAGGGAUGAUGACCCAAAAUGUGCAAUCUAUCACCUAAUAAAGUGAGGGCUCUCAACCUCAAGGAGUUACCUUAGGCAGCAUCUUGAUCCAAGGGGAGAGUCCCUGGCUGUAGACCUGCUCUGAGGAGGACUGGCUCAAUUUGCCUUUGGUGGGGGGCGGAGGCAUGGGCGAGCCUCCAUUUGUACCCUGGUCAGAUCUGAUCUGUGGUCAUAUAUGGUCAGUGAUCUAGAAACGUCUCUCAACUGAGGCAUUUCAUUGGCUUGAAGGCCUUGUCUGUUGACUGAAGGGCCUUGCCUCUCCUAUCCCUCCACAGAGGUGUGGUGACCCGCAAACUGUAGCUUCUAGUUUUAACUCACUCAGUAGCGGAGAAAUUUUGGUCUUUAUUGAGACAGGUGCACCUGCCACAGCCUUCAUCAUGAGGAAAAAUUUGGUGGAGAAUUUUGGGGCUUUCCUCCAUCUUUUUGUAGGAGUCCAACACAACAGAGUAAUUGGGUUGAACACUAUGGCUUCUGUGCUUCUCUGGUUAAUGGAAUUGGGCAAAAGUCAGAAGUACUGUCUAGGUUGGAAGAAAUCAGUAGUCAAAAGUUGCAGCACUAUGGCAUGCUCCUAACUGGUUUCAUACCUUUGAUUCUCAAAUGCAGCCAGCCUCCUUAAGGCUGCUAAUGCUGCACUGAGGAGAGCUGAGCGUGGCUGCAGGAGUCAUUGUGGGAGAGGCUGUGAAGAGCUAAAAAGGGCUAAUGCAUUUUCCAAGUUUUUCCGAUACCCACCAGCAAGAUGCAGUAUAUAUGGUAUGACUUGCUUUCUUUUAGAAGCCAAGUUUUACCUCUAUGUGUAUGGGGGUUUUAGGCUAUAUAUUGAAAUUAUUUCAUCUCACCUGGCCCCUUCUUGAGUGUGUGUGAGUAUAUAUAUAUAUAUUUUUUUUAAAUAACUGGGUCAAUAAAAGCCAGGUCAGGUUUUGAUGUCUUUCAAUUUCUGCUCCAGAUACAAUGUUCACUUUAAACCAUUUAUGAAAAAAGUUAAGACCCACUCAAAAUACUAUUUUUUUUUUUCCCUUUUAAAAUCAAAAUGUUGGGCUUAAUCCAUUCUGCACAAAUUCCCCAAAUGUUCUAGCAAGAAUUAUGCUCUUAGAAAAAUGCAUUAAAAAAGUGGUUACAUAAGCAACUAUUGGCCGUGCUGCCAUUAAUGCUUCUGUUAAAUAUGGUAUCCAAUGUGCCUUUAUCUAUAAAUUAAUCUUUUAGGACAUAGUGCAGUCAGCAGCAUCCUUCAGUUUUGUGAAGUCAGUCACUUGUGUAUUUUGGGUUUGUUUUACAUUUUUAAAGCUGGUGCUGAAGCCUAGGAGGUUGUUAUUCCAAGGAAUUAAAAUUUAGGCAUCUUUUUUUAAAAAAAAACAAAACA